AGAAUAGGAACACCACAGAAACGCGACGACCGACUUGAAACGCCAUGGCGCGAUCCUCCAAGGUGGCAGUUGGCUCGGUGCUCGGCGCCGCAGCAUUGGGCGGCCUUGCGUUUGUGGCGCCAGGCGCUGCACCGGUUGGCACAGAGUCGCAGGUGUCUGCCACCUCAAGCCAGAGGUUUUUGUCGUCGUCUGCUCCUUCUGGUGCUACCUCUUCUGCUGCCCAGGGCCUGGGCGGUGCCCUGGCUGUUGGAGGACUGAGCGUGGCCGCCAUCCGUGGCGCAGCGGCGGCCUCUCGUCGCAAGUGCAUCAAGCCGAGGGCCGCCCAGAAUGUGGUGGCAUGCAGGUCGCUGGCCAAGCUGAAGAUCGACGAGGUUGACCUCAAGGACAAGCGCGUCUUCAUUCGGGUGGACUUUAACGUGCCGCAGGACAAGCAGGAUCCCAACAUCAUCACGAACACUGCACCAGUUCAGCGACAAGUUCUCCAUGAAACCAGUUGCCAAGGUGGUGGAGGAGAAGCUGGGCAGGCCAGUGAAGCUCAUGAAGGAUGUGAUUGGAGAGGAUGUUGAGGCUGCGUGCGCGGAUCCUGAGCCGGGCACUGUCAUCUUGUUGGAGAACUCCCGAUUCUAUGUUGAGGAGACGGGCAAGGGAAAAGACGCGGAUGGCAACAAGGUCAAGGCUGAUGAUGAGCAGGUGAAGACAUUCCGUGCUUCCCUCGCCAAGCUGGCAGACAUCUACUGCAGCGAUGCGUUCGGAACGGCGCACCGAGCACACAGCUCCAUGGUGGGUGAGGGCUUCCCUGUGAAGUGCUCUGGUUUCCUGCUCGCCAAGGAGCUGGACUACUUUGCCAAGGUCGUUGAUGCGCCCACCAGGCCGGUGUGCGGUAUCCUGGGUGGUGCCAAGGUGGCGGACAAGAUUCAGCUGAUCAUGAACCUGCUGGACAAGGUGGACAUCAUGAUCAUUGGAGGUGGAAUGGCCUUCACUUUCAUCAAGGAGGCUGGCGUGGACAUCGGCGAUUCUCUGUACGAUGAGGAGGGCGCCAAGUUGGUGCCUGAGAUCAGGAAGAAGGCGGAGGAGAAGGGUGUGGAGCUGAUCCUGCCUGUGGACUUCGUGUGCUCUUCUAAGUUUGGCGAGGAUGGAGAGAUCAAGGAUGGCGACAUGAGCACCGGCGUGCCGGAUGGGUUCCUGGGCCUGGACAUUGGCCCCAAGUCCAUUGCCAUGAACGAUGAGGCCAUCAAGAAGUCCAAGACCAUCGUGUGGAACGGCCCUAUGGGUGUGUUCGAGAUGGCUUCCUUUGAGAAGGGCACCAAGCAGAUGAUGGAGACCAUCGUGGAGGUCACAAAGGAGGGUGCCGUCUCGGUGAUCGGAGGUGGCGACACCGCCACGGCCUGCAAGAAGUACGACACCGUGGACAAGGUCUCCCACUGCAGCACAGGUGGUGGUGCUUCCUUGGAGCUUUUGGAAGGCAAGGUUUUGCCUGGAGUGGCCACCUUGGAUGACUCCAAGGCGCUUGCAGAGGCAUAACUGAUUUUUGUUCAGCUUACUGGCCAGAUAAGGCGCAAGCUUGAGCAGUUUUCCCAGGUGUGCGACCAGCAUCAUCGUUAGGUUUUCGUAAC